GCGAAAAGAAGAGGGCUUCAGUCAGCAUUAUGUGUGCCUUGUUAAGAUGGGCUCGACGGAGAUCUGGUUGAUUUGACUUCAAUUAUGGCGAGGAGAAGGUCUCUGCUUGCCUGGCUCGGCCUCACAACCAUCGCAGUAUCAACACAAGUAAGCAACCACACACGCACACACGAGAAACAAAGCAGAGCACGAGCUGGACUCAUGCGCAUGUGCCUGUCUGUCUAUCGUCUAUCUCAGAGUGUGUCUGCCGAGCCAGCGUACAUCAUCGAGAUGAAGGAGGAUGGCGGUCAGCUGCUGCUCCCACUCACAGCGGCCGGGCAGCAGGUCAACCUUUACCUCGACUCGAUGGGCCAGGGCAUCCGCCUCUUCCAGUACAACACCUCUGCAUGCCCACUGGACAAGGGCGGCAAGCCGGCCGCUGGGCGGGUGUGCUUCGACCCGCUCAAGGCAGAAAACGGGACGUGUUGGUGCAAGACGCAGAUACACCAGAAGUGCAUCGUGGACCCCACGCGGCCGAGCUUCAAAUGCGCCUGCAUGAACCAGACCGACGAACACUCCUUCCAAGAGUGAGUCAGUGAGUGGGCGAAGCAGCAAGUGUUGUUGACUUGACAGUGCAUUCGUCGCCCCCAACCCUCCCUCUUUCCAUGUGUGUGUGUGUGUGUGUGUGUGUGUCAGGUAUCCCUACAGCUGGGAUGGUGUCGAGUACGAGGAGCAUAGGCAAGAGGGCACUGGCUCGGUGUCGAUCGACCUGCCCAGCGCUGCCCCCGGCUCGCCGAGUGCCGUGCUGCACUUCGCCAAGGAGAAGGCGGCGCUGAAGCUCAUCAACAACAGGACACAGCACCAAGAGUGGCCGCUGUUCAUGGGGGCCGGGGAUGGCUUAUGGGGACUCAGCGGUGAGUGUACAAGGCCCGCCGAUGGAUGGCUGCCAGCCAUGAGCGUGGACGCUCUCUCUUUAUGUAUUUGUUGUCAGGCCGCUCGUUGUCGUGUCGAAACGAGUCCGUCUUCAGCGAUCUUCUCGCGUCGGUCAACGCGACGUCCUUCGCCUUUGAUGUGUCGAUCACCAUCCCAACCGCGCCCGCAGACACACGCAAAGACUCGCACACCCGAGACCACCCAAUCCACUCGCGAAGGCGGCUUAACAAGCGGAAAAAGGGGGCGGCUGCGCUGGGGGGAGGUGGGCACAAGAACGAGCUGCACAUCGGUGGGUGGACGAAGAAGUACGGUCCGAUUGCGUGGAGCGAGCGGAAGCAAACGGGCGGCUUCAUGCAGGACGCCCUGCCGCAGUUCGUGCUCUACCACCCGUCUGUGUGCGGCGCCGACCUGCUCUAUAACGACUCUUCCAACUGGGUGGCCGCCGUCGACACAGGGUACGCACGAACCGCAGACCAGCAUGACCAUCCCAUCCCAUCCUCUGUGUGUGCGUGCUCGUUCGUUCAGCGCCGAGUGUCUGGGUUUGCCGAGCUUUAUAUGGGAGCGGUUAAUGGCGUGGCUGCCGGUCGACUGUCCCGACGGGAAGCCUCCCGCCCAGCCGGCCAAGAAGGGCGAGCGGCCGCCUCCCCAGUAUCCCGUGUGGCGGUACCGCGACACGCACCCCACCCUGUGCUCGCCACGGAAGGACGCGCGGCCGCUGCCGGUGUUUCAGUUCCGCUUGAGCGAAGAUGAGGAGGGGCCGAGGUUAAACAUACCACUUGGUGAGGGAGGGAAAGAGACGGAGGGUGUGUGGGGUGGGGGAGGGAGAUGACGUUGUGUGUUGUGUGUGGUGGAAUAGAGAGUUUGGUGCGUUGGAAUGCCAGUUCCAAGAGGGAGGAGCUGUGCGUCAGCGGGGAGGCGCCGGCUUACAUCAUCGGGUAAGUUAGUCAGCCAGACAAGAGCCAGCCAUAUGCAGGCAAAACCUGGCAGGCAGGACGCUGGUGUACGUUUUUUGUGGGUCUCCGUGUCACACGUAUCAGUCGCCCUCUCGAGUACACGACCAGCCCCUACAUGACUUUCGGCACCUAUGGUAUGGUGGUGGGCAAGAUAAGAUAAGAUGGCAGGCACGGCACUCCUAUCGAAUAUAUGUCUUUCCAUGUGGUUCCUUCCUUGCCUGCCUGCCUUUCAGUGCUCAACAAUCUCUACUACGUUGUCAACGAUGCCAACAACACUAUCGGGUGCGGGGCGGGGCGGUGCGCACGGCAUGCACACAAACGGGCUGGGCUUGCAUUCUGCACAACGAAGCAUGAGCUGCAUGUGUGUGUGGUUGCAACGGUGCAGUUUCGCGCAGAAGAACCUCAAGGCUGCCGGCAGCGACGCCUUCUGUGCGAUGGAGGCGUCAUGCCUGGGAUCGCAGACCUACUACCGCCCCCGCAAUGUGUGUCUCGACCCCACGUGCUCCAAGUGGUACUUCAAGACACUCGACGCGCACACCAAGUAAGCAUGCCGCCCAUGCCAUGCUCCCGGCUCCCCACACACAUGCACACGCCUCAGAAUGACCAAAUGUGUGCUGCUCUGUGUCUUUUUUCGUUGCGUAUUGUCUCUGUGCUGUGCAGGGAGUGCCGCUACUUCUCUUCCUUGCCUGCGAUGGCCGUGACCAUUCUGGUUUUGCUGGCGUGCACCGAUCUGUGGGGCCACCACCUUUACAAGCUGGCGCUGCAAAAGGCCAGAGCCAUCUGCAGAUGAGGGACAUACAUACUACUUAUGUCCGUGGCGUGAUGGAUGGGAUGGCUGGGCAGCCCGGGUCUGCGGAUUCAUUGCAGUCAGUGCUGUGUGGAUGGGGAGCAAGAUCUCAUUUAUGUCGUGUGUAUCUAUGAGUCGGUCUGCCAGAGAGUGGGUGUGAUGUGACAAUGAUGUCUUUUUCAGUGUCUGUAGUCGUCAUUUGACGAGAGAGCUUCACCAGAGUGUGCGAGCUCAUUUGCAAGC